AUGCUGAAGUCAAUUCUAGGUUGCUGCAAAGUGUAUAUAUCAGAGAGCAGAAACAAGAGUGCAUUGGAAUCAAUUGAAAGAGCUGCGAAGCAUUUUCCCUUAGCACCAAUAAUUAACAAGUUUGAAGAUGCGGCUUACAAUAGAGUUGGUUACACACUUGUUUCUGAGUUGAGUUCAGUGCCCUCGGAACAGUCAUGUCAUUUGACAAAUGCGGUGUUGGCUAUGGUAAAGGCUGCAUUUGAUACUGUUGACUUUGAGCUUCAUAGUGGAACUCAUCCUAGACUUGGAGUGGUGGAUCAUAUAUGUUUUCAUCCUUUGGUUGAUGCUUCCUUGGAUCAGGCGGCUAGGACGGCGAGGUGUUUAGCUACUGACAUGGGUUCUAAGCUACAAGUUCCUACUUUCUUAUACGGAGCGGCACACGAAGAGGGGAUGAAACUUGAUUCAAUAAGAAGAACAUUUGGUUAUUUCAAGCCAAACUCCAGCGAAAACCAAUGGAUUGGGGUGUCCAAAUCCGACACUUUGCCACUGAAACCAUAUAGUGGUCCAUUUCAAGUGACUCCGUCAAAAGGCGUUGUGGUGAUUGGAGCAACCAAUUGGGUUGACAACUAUAAUGUACCUCUAUUAUCUUCUGAUGUCAGUGCCGUUCGCAGAAUUGCAAAACGGAUUAGUGGAAGAGGUGGAGGGCUCGCUUCGGUACAGGCCAUGGCACUUACACAUGGUGAAGGAAUCAUUGAAGUAGCUUGUAAUUUGUUGGAUCCAAAGAAUGUUGGUGGUGAAAGAGUGCAGCAAGAAAUUGAACAUCUUGCAAAGGAAGAAGGUAUUUCUGUGGAAAAGGGAUACUACACAGACUUUUCACAGGAAGAAAUUGUUCAAAGUUACUUGAAGCUGUUUCGAGAGAGAAUUUGA